AUGUAUACUCAUUUUAUAAAUAUAGCAUCUUCAGGUUCUCCUUGUGCAUUAGAAAUUUCAUAAGCUGAUACAUUUUAUGUAAACAAUACUAAAUUUGUAAACUUAAAUAAUAGUAAUUAAACAAAAACAAUUGAAAGUAGUAUAAUUUCUUAUUACUAAGGAGGUGCUAUUGGCAUUUAAAAUGUAAACUCAGGAGGAGCUAUUUUUCUUUAAUUUUUUAGAGGAGUGAACAUUACAAAGUCUAAUUUCAUAAAAAACAAAGCUUUAUUCUAAAAUGGUGGAGCAAUUUCACUAGAUACAUGCGAUCUAUUAUAAUUUUCAGAUGAUAUAUUUUCAUCUAAUAAAGCAAGUAUUGGAGGUUCCAUUUACUAUUACAAAGUUAAUUCUAAUUUGAUUAAAAAAGUUAAUCUUCUACAAAAUAAUAUAAUCUUUAAGCAUAAUAAAGCAUCUUUUUAUGGGUAAAAUAUUGGAUCAAUUCCUUAAAAUAUAGGAAUAACAAAUAAACCUCAUUUAGAUUCUCUAAAAAUAGUAGAAGAAUACUCAAUUUACAAUAUCGCAAGUGGAAAUUACUUAGACAAAAAAUUAUAUUUAAAUUUUAUAGAUGAGGAAAACAAUUUUUUCAACUUUUUAGGACCUGAUAUUUUUUAUGAUAGAAGUUAAUUCUACUUUUAGCUUUACAUUUAAAAUAAUAGUUAAAUAGUUAUUUAAGAGGGAAUGAGUGCUUUGCUUAACAAAACAAUUGGAAUGUUUGAAUUAAACUUUUAAUCAUUUUACAAAAUAUCUUAAAAUCAAACAAUAAGCAUUAUUUCUAACUAGUUUUAAUAAGGUGUAUUUUUAACUAUUCCAUUACACUUGUAUUAUAGGAACUGCACAAUAGGAGAGAUUAUUUUAGAAAAAAAUUAAUUCAUUUAGUGCAGUUAAUGUGUUGAAGGGAGAUACUCAUUAAAAAUUCCUGAUAUGCAGAAUAAUAUCAAUAAACUCGAAUGCGUAUCAUGUCCAGAAUAAGCUCAUUUCUGUUAAGGAUCUGAAAUUUAGUUAAAGGAUGGCUACUGGAGAGAGAGUAAUUUAACAGAUUAGAUUUACACUUGUUUAUUAGAUAGCUGUUCUUUUAAUAAUCCUCAAAGUAAAAAUGGAUGCCUAACUGGAUUUGUAGGACCUCUUUGCAAUAGCUGCGAUAAUAAAAAUAAGGUUUGGGGUCAAUAAUAUGGUCUUAAAGGUUAAAAUUGCUUUCCUUGCAGCUAACAAUUAAAUUAAAUAGCAUUCGCAUGCUUUUUUAUCAUUUUCUAUAAUUAUGAAGCUAAAAAUUUUUAAAUAAAUUUAAUUGCUGGUAACAAGUAACUUGAGUUCAUCUGCAAAUGA